AUGUUCAAACGAAAAUCGCGGCUCAUCUCCCUCUUUCUCUAUUUUCUCUCUUAAUUACCUACUGUUUGGUUUCUUUUUCUGUACUAGUAAUCGCUUUCCCUUGCUCUGCAAGCAAAACUUCAGCAAACCUCUGCGCCGCAGAGAAUCCGUGAAUCAAGUUCUCGAAACCUCCAGUCUGCAUUUGUUUACGUAACGCAGAGCCUGUUGAAGAUCUGCAUUUUUGUAGCGGAGAUUCCAUUUGGGUCUCUCUCAAAGCAUCCAUUCAUGGAAGCCUCAUCUCCCAUGUUCCUCCAACAGAAAACUCCUCUGCAAGAACUUCCGGAGGCCUCGCCAAAGCCUUACAAGAAGAGCUUCGUCACUACUUUAAUGGAGGCCGCCACUCUUCGCUCUACUUCCUUCAAGGAGGAUACCUACUUCGUCUCUCACCUCAAGUCCUCGGAGAGGAAAGCACUGCAAGAGCUGAAGGACAAGCUUAUGGCUUCCUAUGGGUCUGAAGACUGCUCCAUGUGGGGCAUUCCUUUGUUGGGUGGCAAUGAUAAAGCCGAUGUCAUACUAUUGAAGUUCUUGCGAGCCAGGGACUUCAGGGUGAACGACUCGUUUCACAUGUUGGACAAGUGCUUGACUUGGAGGAGAGAGUUUGGGGCAGACGGUGUCGUAGAGGAGGACCUGGGGUUCAAGGAGCUUGAAGGUUUGGUGGCGUACAUGCAUGGUUAUGACAGAGAGGGGCAUCCUGUAUGCUAUAAUGCAUAUGGAGUGUUUAGAGACAAGGAUAUGUACGAGAGGAUCUUCGGAGACGAGGAGAAGCUAAAAAAGUUUCUUAGAUGGAGGGUUCAAGUACUUGAGAGAGGCAUAAAUCUCCUGCAUUUUAAACCUGGAGGAGUUAACUCCAUUAUCCAGGUGACUGAUCUCAAAGAUAUGCCCAAGAGAGAGCUCAGAGUUGCUUCUAAUCACAUCCUGUCUCUGUUUCAAGAUAAUUACCCUGAAAUGGUAGCUCGAAAGAUAUUCAUCAAUGUACCAUGGUACUUCAGCGUACUGUAUUCAAUGUUUAGUCCGUUCCUCACUCAGCGAACUAAGAGCAAGUUCGUGAUCUCUAAGGAAGGAAAUGCUGCAGAGACACUUUACAAGUUUAUAAGGCCUGAAGAUGUUCCAAUACAGUAUGGUGGAUUAAGUAGACCAAGUGAUUUACAGAACGGUCCACCCAAACCCGCAUCCGAGUUCACCAUAAAGGGGGGAGAGAAAGUGAACAUUCAAAUAGAAGGGAUUGAGGGUGGUGCUACAAUAACAUGGGACAUAGUUGUAGGAGGAUGGGAUCUGGAGUACAGCGCAGAGUUCGUGCCAAACGAAGAAGGUAGCUACGCCAUAGCCGUAGAGAAACCCAGGAAGAUGAGCUCGUCAGAUGAAGCAGUUCACAACUCAUUCACGCCGAGAGAAGCAGGGAAGAUGAUACUCUCUGUUGAUAACACUGCUUCUAGGAAGAAGAAGGUUGCUGCUUAUCGUUACAUCGUCCGCAAAUCUACCCUUGUCUAGUUUCUCACAACAACAACAACAAGGUUUCAUUUGAGCUAUUUCUUUUUGGGUUUUAUUUAUUUAUUUUUAAAUUUGAGUUUCUGAAUCUAAUCUAUGGGUAUGAAGCUUGAGUAAUAUAGUAUAGUAGUAGUAAUGUGAUGUAUAAAGAUGUUGGUAAUGAUUAUUAGGGCUA